CUCACGGUCACGCGUCUAUCGACCAAAGAUCUGUGGUAUCCGAGUGCGACUAUCCCAUCCUCAAGACCGUCAAGACCAAUGGCACGAAGCAACCUCCGAUACGGUCUCAACAAAGGCCACCCGACGACUCCCAUUGUUCAGACACCUCGCCCUAGUCACCGCAAGGGCAGCCAGUCUACGCGCAACAAGUUUGUGAAGUCAGUUGUUCGGGAGGUUACUGGUUUCUCGCCAUACGAGCGUCGGGUGAUGGAGUUGUUGCGUAACUCCAAGGACAAAAAGGCACGGAAACUGACCAAGAAGCGGCUUGGGACUUUGCUCCGGUCGAAACGCAAGCUCGAGGAGCUCAGCACAAUCAUCCAGGAGAGCAGGAGAGCGCACUAAAAAGACGUUGGGAUGUGACUGUAUGCCUUUGGUCCCUUUGUCGAGCUACAUCGAGAUGAUGCAGUGCACUGUGAUUUCAUGCUAUGCGGCGUAUGUAUGCCUUCUCACUUAUGAUAGCAAAGCAGGGAGUUUAUCCUCUGUGUGUCUCACGCAGUAUUAGCGGACGCCUGUGAGAGUGAACAGAUCAUUCACAAUUGCAGUGUGUCAAUAACGGUAACGUUUCA